GCGAAGUGGCGGCCGGGUCGCUGGUGGGCGUCGCUGCCCCUGAGGCCUGGUCGCGUGGCUGCGCCUCCCGGCGGCGCCCGCGCCUGCCCGUCGCAGUCCCAGGCCAGGCGUCGGCCACGAUCGCCCGAGCACCGGGUGACCGGCCCCCCGCGGGAAGGCGCCGGCGGCCCGGCUCCGGGAUCGGCGGCCGCUGCAGUGAGUGUGUGGAGGAAGAAAGACCACUUUUGCCUGACAAUGGGGGAUAAGUUUCUGGUGCACCUUACCAUUUCUUAGCAUGGUUUAUUGACAGUCAUUUGACAUGUGAAGAGUACUGAAGAGGCCAGCACAGUGGGUCCACAGCAAGAGGAACUGGUGCCGGCUUGAGGAGUUUCACUUGCCAGAAACCUGGGACUGCGUCUUAGGGACGGGGACAUCCCGGUGUGUGUUAGGAGGCUUUCAAACCCUUUUGCAAUGGGUUACUGAGAGGAGAAGCUCGGUUGGGAGUGUCGGCUGCCUGAGCUCAUUGGUGAACAAGAUGGAAGAGGAAGAACUGGAGUGUCCAAACUCCACCUCGGAAAAGCGCUAUUUUCCUGAAUCCCUAGAUUCCAGCGAUGGGGAUGAGGAAGGGGUCCUGGCCUGUGAGGACUUGGAACUGAACCCUUUUGAUGGAUUGCCAUAUUCAUCGCGUUAUUAUAAACUUCUGAAAGAAAGAGAAGAGCUUCCAAUAUGGAAAGAAAAAUACUCCUUUAUGGAGAAUCUGCUUCAAAAUCAAAUUGUGAUCAUUUCAGGAGAUGCUAAAUGUGGCAAGAGCUCUCAGGUUCCUCAGUGGUGUGCUGAAUAUUGCCUUUCCGUUCACUACCAGCAUGGGGGCGUGGUGUGCACUCAGGUCCGUAAGCAGACUGCAGUCCAGCUCGCCCUGAGGGUAGCGGAUGAGAUGGAUGUGAACAUCGGGCAUGAAGUUGGCUACGUGAUCCCUUUUGAAAACUGCUGUACCAGUGAAACGAUCCUGAGGUACUGUACUGACGACAUGCUGCAAAGAGAAAUGAUGUCCAGUCCUUUCUUGGGUAGCUAUGGGGUCGUCAUCCUGGAUGAUGUCCAUGAAAGCAGCAUUGCCACCGACGUGUUACUCGGACUUCUCAAGGAUGUCUUGCUAGCAAGACCAGAGCUGAAGCUCAUAAUUAACUGCUCCCCUCUCCUGGUCAGCAAACUCAGCUCUUACUAUGGAAACGUACCUCUCAUAGAGGUGAAAAAUAAGCACCCUGUGGAAGUUGUGUACCUUAGUGGGGCUCAAAAGGAUUCUUUCCAGUCUAUUUUACGCCUUAUCUUUGAAAUUCACCACUCGGGUGAGGAGGGCGACAUUGUAGUCUUUCUGACCUGUGAGCAAGAUAUUGGAAAAGCCUAUGAGAUUGUCUGCCAAGAAGGGUCUAACUUAAUCCCAGACCUUGGAGAACUGGUGGUGGUUCCUUUGUACCCCAGAGAAAAGUGUGCACUAUUCAAGCCAAUGGAUGAAACAGAGAAGAAAUGCCAAGUUUAUCCAAGAAGAGUGGUGUUGACCACCAGCUCUGGGGAAUCUCUGAUCUGGAGCAACACAGUCAGAUUUGUUAUUGAUGUGGGUGUGGAGAGAAGAAGGGUGUACAACCCCAGGAUCAGAGCCAACUCCCUCGUCACACAGCCCAUCAGCCAAAGCCAAGCGGAGAUUCGCAAGCAGAUUCUCGGGGCAUCCUCUUCAGGGAAACUUUUCUGUCUGUACACUGAAGAAUUUGCCUCCAAAGACAUGAGGCCACUGAAACCAGCAGAAAUGCAAGAAGCCAACCUAACCAGCAUGGUGCUCUUCAUGAAGAGGAUUGACAUUGCAGGCUUGGGCCACUGCGACUUCAUGAACAGGCCAGCACCAGAAAGUUUGAUGCAGGCACUAGAAGACUUAGAUUAUCUGGCAGCACUGGAUAAUGACGGGAAUCUUUCUGAAUUUGGAAUCAUCAUGUCAGAGUUUCCUCUGGAUCCACAGCUCUCAAAGUCUAUUUUGGCAUCCUGUGAAUUUGACUGUGUAGAUGAAAUGCUAACCAUUGCUGCCAUGGUAACAGCUCCUAGCUGCUUUUUACAUCUGCCUCAUGGAGCUGAGGAGGCUGCCAUGACCUGUUGGGAGACAUUUCUGCACCCUGAAGGAGAUCACUUCACCCUCAUCAACAUUUACAAGGCCUACCAAGACACCUCUCUGAACUCCACCAGUGAGCACUGUGUGGAAAAGUGGUGUCAUGAUCACUUCCUCAACUCCUCCGCUCUCAGGAUGGCAGAUGUUAUCAGAGCUGAACUCUUAGAAAUCAUCAAGCGAAUCGAGCUUCCCUAUGCAGAACCUGCUUUUGGCUCCAAGGAAAACAAUCUCAACAUCAAGAAAGCGCUGCUGUCUGGUUACUUCAUGCAGAUCGCUCGGGAUGUGGAUGGGUCAGGUAACUACUUAAUGCUGACACACAAGCAGGUAGCUCAGCUGCAUCCCCUGUCUGGUUACUCCAUCACCAAGAAGAUGCCCGAGUGGGUCCUCUUCCAUCAGUUCAGCAUAUCUGAGAACAACUACAUCAGGGUCACCUCUGCAAUCUCUCCUGAACUAUUUAUGCAGCUGGCACCACAAUACUAUUUCACUAAUCUGCCUCCUAGUGAAAGUAAGGAUAUUCUACAGCAAGUUGUGGAUCACCUGUCCCCCAUUUCAACUAUAAAGAAGGAACAGAAAAUGUGUGAAAAGUGCCCUGAGACUACUGAGCAGAGAUGCACUCUUCAGUGACUUGCCCGCCAAACAAAGUGCAAUAAUGAUCCCAGAGUGAGCCCACAGUGGGCCCACUAAAGCCACAUAUGAAUGCUUAACAUGAGGAUGGAUGCCCCACCCCACAGGAUAGUCUUGAAAAAAUAACACUUUGUAUAUUAUUUUAAAAUAAAAAAUAGGAGUUUUAUUGAA